AUGCUGCUACCCCUUAUCGGCACGGCUUUCGUCUUGUCGGUGUCGGAUGCUUCCGUAGUACCGAAAGCCCACGCGACCUCCGACACGAGCAAGGCUGCGCUCGACGACAUACAGACUGUCACCGAACGCAGGUUUGCUACCAUCGUCGGUGCGACGACUGGUGCCUCUUCGAUCUCCACGUGGCUGUCGACUCUACAAGCUAACGGGACGUGGCCGGAUGUGGACUACACCGCCGGCUGUGAUGCGCCUACCGCGAACUGGAAGGCUGCGACCCAUUGGUCGCGAAUUCUCACAUUUUCGUCUGCCUGGCAUGGUGGCUUCAAGAAUGCAGCACAAUGGGUACAGAGCGACCAGGUCCGAGACGCCAUCUCCUCCGCGAUGGGAUUCUGGUUUUCCAACGAUUUUACAAACCCGUCCUGCCUUGACUCUGGAGGCGAUGCUGCAUGCCCGUGCGGAACGCCAGGCCUCUGGAAUACCAAUUGGUUCUCGAACGUAAUCGACGUCCCGACUUUCGUUGGAGAGGUGUGCCUGCUUCUGGGCGACUCAUUGUCUGCCUCGGAAUUGGGAAGUUGCACGGAGAUGACCGGCCGUAGCUACGCCACAUUCACCACAGGUAUCAACGGUGUCAGCGCCAUCACAGGCGCAAACCUCCAGGAUAUCGCUAGCAUCGGCAUCGAUGAGGGGCUGCUCACUGCGAAUGCAAGCCUCGUUGCUGACGCUUUCAGCCGCGUGCAUGCCGAUGCUGUUAUCCAGAACGUUACCAAGGCCGACGGCAUCCGAGCCGACGGGUCGUUCGGACAACACACCGGUAUCAUAUACAAUGGCAAUUACGGGAAAGACUAUGAGAACGACCUCUUUGAAUUUGAGAUCGAGGCUGCGGGUACACAAUUCCAAGCGGGUCCUGACACUCAGACAGCUUUGGAGACGUUGGUUGACGGUGAUCAGUGGAUGGUAUUCCGGAACAUCUUCACCAAUGUCCUGCAUUGGGACUUCAGUGUCUUAGGAAGGCUUUUGACCGAUCCCGUCUCCGCUAAGCAUGCGGACUCCAGCAUCAACACGAACCUGACUCAGCUGCAGGUCAUCGGGCAAAUCUGGAACUCAGACACCGUCUUGGACGUGUUCAACAACCUCUCUCUGAACACGACCACAGCAAACUCAGGUAAUUUGGUCGGCAGUCGUGUCUUUUACGCUAAUGAUUACUUUGUCCAACGUGGCCCUGGCUAUGUCACGACCUUGCGAAUGUACUCCACGCGGACACAGAACACCGAAUGCACGGACGAGGCCAACCCCUUUGGCUUUCACCUCGCGGAUGGCACCGUCUACACCCAUAUCAACGGCGACGAGUAUGAAGAUAUAGUCGCAGCGUGGGAUUGGAACCUCAUUCCGGGCAUCACCGUCGACUAUGGGGCGACUGCGCUCACCUGCGAUAUGACGCGUAAGACGGGUACGCAGACUUUCGUCGGCGGAGCCUCCGAUGGUCUUGUGGCCGCGGUGGCUAUGCGCUACGAGACCCCGAUCUCAAAGAGCUUGAAUUGGCGCAAGACGUGGUUCUUCCUCGAGGACGACGUCCAAUUCGUGAUGGUUGCCCGCAUAACCUCGAGCACUACCGCUCCCGUCCUCUCCGUCCUCGAUCAGCGCAAGGCUACCGGCGACGUGCUAGUGAAUGGCGCCACUGCCACGAGCGGGAACUUCUCAAACCCGAGUACUCUUUGGCACGGUGGCGUCGGGUAUGUGUUCAACGUUACCGACCCCGUCACGCUGUCUGUCGAUGUCUCUACCAAGACGGGGGACUGGUCCACAAUCGGCUCAUCCACGGAGCCUCCCGUCACCGUUGACAUGUUCACGGCUUACCUCACACAUAACGAUAUCACUGCCGACAUCUCCUACCUCGUCUACCCUGCUACCACUUCCGAUAGCUUUGCGACCAAGGCCGCUGCAACGGAGGUCCAUGUGAUCCGGAACGAUGGCUCCAUCUCUGCCUUGGUCGACAUCGCACACAAGACGGCAUAUGGAGUCUUCUGGGACGCCGGCAAGUUCGCGAUCCCGGCCUUGUCGUCUGGAGGAGCACCAAUCACUGUGCAGUCGAGUGGAACCUCAAACAUCAUCCUGCACAUGGACACCUGGACGGUGACCGUGGCAGACCCGACUCAGCUGUUGACCACUCUCACACUCAACUUCACCCUGGGCUCGGGGACGGCGCCGGCUGGGUGGGGUUCGUCCAAGACGAAGGCCGUGCAGUUCGCACUGCCCUCUGGUGGGAUUGCGGGCAGUAGCUUGACGCAGACUCUUCCGUCUUAA